UUCUAUUGAGCAACAAGAUUGGAGACUGACACGGAGAGAAACAAAAGAGAGGGAGCCAGGAGACAAAGUCAAAGAAGGACAGAGCAGAAAGCAGGAGCAAGAGGGUUGAAUUUGAAAUAGAGGAGAGAAAAUGGGAACAGAAAAGAUAAGAAAGUUAAAGACUGAUAGAACUAUUGUCAUGGGUGUGGCCACUUAAAGCAGUGAGGCACGACAGCAGAGACAAAAGCAACUUUUGUCUGGUGGUUUGAGGGGGAGGGUGACAGACUUAGGAAAACGGAUGGGGGGUCUGAGGUAAAGGGGUCAAUAGAAAGACAGAGAAAGACACUAAGUGGGAGCUUGUUCAAGUAGAGAAGGCCAGAGAACUCACUCAUGAGGCAGAGGCAACGGUAUGGAUAGAUAGAAGCUGGCAGGCAUAGUAGCAUAUCAAGGGGGAGAGGGGACAGAGAGGGCCAGGCUGACUCACAUCCCCUGCAGUCGGCAUGGGGAUAAAGGGCAAGGCGGCUUUGGCCAUCGUGGUUCUACUGUUAUUCCUUGGUUCCAUGUGGCUCCAAGGAAGUUUGGAUUACCACUGGGACACUUGUCUUAAAGGUUACAAUCAGAUAAACAGGCCUCAACAUCUGUCCAAUGGCAGUGAGGCUGAUAGUGAUGAGGACGGGGCCAUACUGGGGGUGUGUCCCGGUCAGAAGUUCCAGGUGUCGGAGCUGCUGUCUCACCUGCUGGCCACGCCGGCACCCACCAAUGACGUGCUGCUGCAGCCUUAUCUGGCCAGCUGGGACGAGCUCAUCAAGUUCCUGGAGGCUCUUGGUCCGAUGGUUGGACUCAUAUCUCAGGAGAUUGAAACCAAAACUUCCAUCAUCCGUGACCUGGCCCUGCGGGAGGCAGCUAGCAGCGACGAGGGAGAAGUGGGCCUAGCAUUGGGGUUGGUGUCUGGGACCAGAGCGCAUGGUGGUGGACAGGAGGGGAUGGAGGCCUCAGUGGCAGCGCCAGGCAGUGCCUACCUGUCUUUGCGCUCUAUGAUCCACACUGAGUUGAGCCGGGGCCUGGUGGACUUCCAGCAGACAACAAACUCUGGGUGUCGUACUCUGCUCCGGCUGCACCGGGCUCUGUUGUGGCUGCAGGUCUUCCUGGAGAAGCUGGGGGAGGGGCCUGUGGGCGGCCGGCUGCGGAGCCCCUCGGAUCUCUGCCGUGAGGCCUAUCAGCACACCCUGGCCCACCACCACUCCUGGUUCGUACGCAGGGCAGCGGAGAUAGCCUUCAUCGCCAUGCCUGAGCGGGGCUUCUUCUACAGGCUGGUGUGUGUGACGAACCAGGAAGAGGCCAGCGUGGUGCUGAACAGGGUGGUCCGGGCCAUCGGAGAGGUGUAUGACAGAACUCAGGGGGUCCUGGAGGAGCAUGGCAUGCUGGACCUGCCGUAGGAAAGGAGCGAGGGGGGGGGGUUAUAUUUCUGAGGGACCAGCCACAUCUGGACAUUACAGUAAUACUCUUUUCACACUACUGUGCCGAACAAGCUGAGCUGAGCUGUACUACGCUGGCCAGGUUACGCAUCCACCACGGUUGGAAUCAUGCUGGAAAGGACAAUGUGAAAAUAAAAUAGCAAAACCAGCACAUUACAUUUGAGUCAUAUAGCAGACGCUCUU